AUGACUGAAAUCUUAGGCCCCGGUGGACCUCUUCCCCCUGUCCCAGAUGACCUGACCCUUGUCCAAUUCAUGCUAGAUGAGCGACAUGUCUCAAGACCGAUCGUACCACCGCCGUAUACUUGGCUAAUUGAGGACGCUACUGGAAGGAAAAUCGCCUUGGAUGAAAUCCGCAAUCGUGUAUUUGGGCUGGCAAACUCCCUCAGGUUUCGGUGGAAAUUGGAGGAGGAGGAUGUAGUUUGCAUAUUCAGCCCCAAUCAUGUCGAUUAUCCUGUCGCAAUAUGGGCCUUACAUCGACUCGGAGCAAUCGUGACCACGUCCAAUCCUUCCUUCACCGCGAACGAAUUGGAAUACCAACUGUCCAUUACUAAGGCCAGGGCAAUUAUCACGCAUCCGUUUAGCCUCUCAGUCGCUCUAGAGGCUGCACAUAAAGUAGGGAUAUCUUCAGAGUUUAUCGUGCUAUUCGACGAUACUUCGGUCACUGGAGCUCGUCAGUUCCCCAAUUUGAGUGAUCUAGUGAUAGAAGGCUUGCGUAUGUCGCCAACGUUCAUUGAGAGACGGCUGAGGCGAGGGGAAGGUAAGACGAAGCUGGCAUUCCUCAGUCUUUCCAGCGGGACUACAGGAAGACCCAAGGCUGUAUGCAUACCUCAUCACUCACCGAUCGCGAAUGUUAUACAAAUGGCUCAUCGAGCUAAUUCUCAGCCUCAGCCUUUGGCGAGUAGGCCAUAUCGACCAGGGGAUAUUGGCAUGGCGCUUCUUCCUUUUUAUCAUAUCUACGGGCUUGUCGUCGUGAUGCAUUUUGCAAUCUUUUAUGGCAUGACACUCGUCGUUAUUCCAAAAUUCAACUUUGUGGACAUGUUAAAGAGCAUCGAACGUCAUCGUAUUAACUACAUCCCUGUAGUCCCUCCGAUAGUGGUAUUGCUCUGCAAGCAUCCUGCUGUGAAGCAAUACGACCUGAGUUCCCUGCGUGCGAUGAAGAGCGGGGCCGCACCCUUAACCGCAGAAAUCAUAAAGCAGCUUAGCGAAACUCUGCCUGCAAUGAGCAUCGGCCAGUCGUACGGCAUGACUGAGACCUGCACGACUGUCACCUUCCCACAAGUUGAGCAGAAGAUUGGGACGCCUGGUAGCGCUGGCCGGCUCCUCCCUGGUGUUGUGGCGCGUGUCAUUGACCCUGAUGGCAAACUGUUGGGAUAUGGCCAGCCUGGUCAGUUGGUGGUUAAGAGCCCGGGAAAUGCUCUGCAUUAUUUGAACAACGAACAGGCGACCAGCGAGACGUUCGUAGAUGGAUGGGUCUACACCGGCGACGAGGUCAUUAUCAACGAACAGGCCGAGGUCUUCGUCGUCGAUCGUAUCAAGGAACUCAUGAAGGUGAAGGGUUAUCAAGUUGCACCUGCCGAGCUCGAGGGCCACCUGCUUGAUCACCCCGACGUAUCCGAUGUCUGUGUGGUCGGUAUCCCAGAUGAGUAUAGCGGGGAAGCCCCUCUCGCUUUCGUUGUGCCAACCGCGAGUGCUAUAGAGCGGAUGAAGAGCGAGCCUAGCGAGGGCGGGAGAAUCAAGGCGGCGCUCAUGAAGCAUGUGGCCGACGUGAAGGUGAACUACAAGCAUCUUGCCGGCGGCGUGGAAUUCGUCGAAACUAUCCCAAAGAACCCGAGCGGAAAGCUGCUCCGUCGAUUCUUGAGGGACCAUGCGAAGCAACUGCAAGCAGAUGGGAAGUUGUCGACGGUUGUCAAGAGCAAGCUGUGA